CCCCAAUCCUCACGCCCACAACCACCACACACAACCUACAAGCACCUCACCCACCCAGCGCUAUACUACCCCUCCGCCUCUCCCACACCAACCCAACAAUGCUCCCGCGCCUCCUCCUCUCCGCGCGCAGCGCGCUGCGCCCAUCCCUCACCAAAUGCGUAGCUCCCACAGCAACGAGGGCACUUUCUUCGGUAGCAUUAGCGAAAACGGCAGCUGCGACGACGAGACCGACCGCGGCGGCGGCGGUGGUGAAGACGGCGGAUGUGGCGAUGGAGCAGGUUAGGGGGAUGAAGGUUAGGAGUUCGGUGAAGAAGCUUUGUGAGGGGUGUAAGUCGGUCAGGAGGAAGGGAGGGAAGAAGGGGAAGGGACAUGUGUAUAUUAUCUGCUCGUUGAACCCGAAGCAUAAGCAGCGCCAGGGAUGAGUUGGGGUGGAGGAUUGGAUUGGGGAUUGAAGACUAUUCUUGAGGAGGCAGGACGGGCAAUUGGUGGAUGACACACGCGCAUUGGACCUGUUGAGGGGGAUGGGAAGGCUUGGAGCGAGAGGAAGGGUUGUAAGACAUACAGAUGUGAAGGGGCAUAGCAUUUAUGGCGUUUUGGGAAUGUUGGAAUAGAUAGUAGACUGGGGAAGUGUAUGAUAUAUUACAAUAUGUACAAAAC